AUGGGUUCCAAAAAGUCGCAAUCGAAGCCUCCCCCGAGCGCUGCUCUGGAUUAUAAGCCCGCGAACAAGUUGAGGCGUCAAAUGCUUCAUGUCAAGCGCAAGCAGGCCAAGGACUCAGAGCGACGAGCAGAACGAUUUGGAAGAAAAAAGGAAGAAGCCAAAAACCCGAAAUUGAGGGAGGAGCGUCUCAAGCGGAAUAUCCCGCUGACUCUGGACCGGAAACGUGUCUGGGACGAGGCCGGUAGUGACGUUGAAGAUGCCCUCGGCCUCAGCGUUGAUGUCGAGCGCAUCAAGCGACAGAGGAAAGAAGAGGAGGACGAACUUAACAGACCCUUGGAAGACAGCCAGUCGGGCUCGGACGAAUCUGAAGAUGAUGUCGACAGCAUGCUAGCCACCAGCGACGAGGAAGAGGACGGCGACGACGACCAUAACGAUGAAGAAGGCGGAGCUGGGAAGGCUAAGAAGGAUGAUAAUCGGGGGCGCAAAAAGUCCUCCCUUCCUUCUGCUACAGAACGAGCAACCAGUCCGAGCCAGUCGACUCGGAGUACGAACCUCAACCUAGCGCCAGAGGCUCUCGCCGCCAAAUUCCCAACGCUGUUCACUUCAGAGCCUCCUCCGACACCCAAGAUCCUCAUCACCACCUCGCUCAACUCUACCCUUCAUAACGAGGCGAAAUCCCUUACCAAUCUGUUUCCUAACAGCGUUUACAUUCGUCGUACGGCCCAUCGCUACUCCCACAAGUUCUCCAUCCGCGAAAUUGCUUCCUUCGCAUCAAAUCGGAACUAUACCACCGUCGUGGUUCUCCAGGAGGAUCAGAAACGACCUUCUGGUCUGACAAUUGUCCACCUACCUCAGGGACCCACCUUUCAUUUCACCAUCAGCAGAUGGAUAGAGGGCAAAAAGCUUCCGGGACAUGGAAAUGCCACAGAGCACUGGCCGGAACUGAUCCUGAACAACUUCCGGACUCCUCUUGGUCUGCUUACAGCCCAUCUCUUCCGGAGCAUGUUCCCACCACAACCGGACCUGGAAGGACGUCAAGUCGUCACAAUUCACAACCAAAGAGACUACCUGUUUCUCCGGCGUCAUCGUUAUGUGUUCCGUGAGAAGCGCGAGACUGAGAAGAGUGUCGUUGGCACAGACGGCAAGGAGAUUAAGGGUGUGGAAGGCAUUCGUGCCGGCCUUCAAGAGCUCGGUCCCGCGAUCAACUUCAAACUGCGGCGAGUUGACAAGGGCAUCCAACGUGCUAGCGGACAGGAGUGGGAGUGGAAGGGAAGCAUGGAGAAACAGCGUACCAAGUUCCAGCUGUAG